GUCGCUUUCGGCGCCAUCUUUUCGAAGGAUUGUGGAAGUCAGUGACUUUAAAAUGCCAAGAAACGGUCGAAGAAAGCGCUCUCUCAGCUCCGGAGAGGGAAGUUUAGUUUCUUACUAUUCGAAACAUCGAUGUAUUGACAAAGAACAUAGUCCUGUUUCUGACACUCGCCAUUAUAAACGUGGUAGUUCGACAGUUCGUUCUCGUGAGAGGAGACACAACCGUCAUUUGUCAAGAAAUCGAAGCCGCAGUACUAGACGAAGUGAUCGAAGGUUGAAGCGACAGAAGUAUCGCAAUGUUCCCUCUGAGGUUUCCACGAAGACAACUUGCGAGGAUGAUCCGAGUAGAGGCUUUUCAAGCGUCAUGGACGAUGAAGACGGUCACCUCAUUUAUCACCAGGGCGACUUGCUGCACUCCAGAUAUGAGAUUGGCACUCUGUUAGGGGAAGGAACAUUCGGCAAAGUCCUUGAUUGCCAUGACAGGAAAACCAAUACAUAUGUUGCAGUGAAAGUGAUAAAGAAUGUUGAGAAAUACAGGGAGGCUGCAAAGCUUGAAAUUAAAGUACUAGAGAAGAUCCAACAGAGAGACAGAAAUGGAAGGAGCCUGUGUGUUGUGCUACUCGAUUGGUUUAAUCACCAUGGACACAUGUGCCUUGUGUUUGAGAAGAUGGGCUUGAGUGUGUUUGACUUCAUGAAGGACAACAACUAUGAACCAUAUCCCCUGGAACAAGUCAGACAUAUUUCACAUCAACUUGUUGUUGCAGUCAAAUUUCUUCAUGAGAUGAAAAUGAGCCACACAGAUCUGAAACCAGAAAACAUGCUGUUUGUGAAUUCUGACUGCAAUGUUACCUACAAUGCAAGAAUGAAAAGAGAUGAGAGAGAAGUGAAGAAUUCUGAAAUGCGGUUAAUUGAUUUUGGAUCAGCAACAUUCGAUCAUGAACACCACAGCACAGUAGUGUCAACAAGGCAUUACCGAGCUCCUGAAGUCAUUCUUGGUAAGGGGAACUAGAAAUACUCCUAGUCAUACUGGGAUAAUCUCUGGCCUGAUGGGUCAAGAUGUAAUUCUGACAAUAACAUAAAUUUGUGUUUUCAGACACAUGAAAACAGAGAACAUCUUGCAAUGAUGGAGAGAAUACUGGGCCCUAUACCAUCACACAUGGCUAAAAAAUCAAGGAAAACGAAGUAUUUUUACAAAGGUAAACUGGACUGGGAUGAGAGGAGUUCAGCUGGACGAUACGUAAGGGACAACUGCAAGGCACUCAAGAAAUACAAGCGUGGAGAUGGAGAAAGCCACGAGCUCUUCUUCAAUCUGGUACAGCACCUUUUGGAGUACGAGCCUGAACGACGUCUGACUGCAAAAGAAGCUUUAAGUCAUCCAUUUUUCUUUGGCAUGAUGUCACAUUCAUCAACAAAUAGACACUCGCACAGCAAGAGUAGAUGACUAGCCGCCAAAACAUCGUGCUGUUUUGCGUCCACAAUAUUCUAUUAUGCUUUGCUUUUUAUGGUUAUUCUAUUGUCAGUUACAAGCUCAAUUUAGACAGCAAAGCAACUUUCCUGUCUUUCUAUCGUCAUCUCAACGUCGUCAACACUCGGGGUAACAAGUGCUGGCUUCGGAAAAUCUUCGUAAAAUCUUCGUGGCACUCGAAGAGUUUCCGCGUCUCGGUAUCCAAUCAAGAUAUAGAACAAGAACCCGUGAGUUCUCCGAAAUCAGCAAAUGAGCAUGGCUCCAUCAGAACACAUCAUGUCUGAGGACUUGUCUGACAAAAAUGCUUGUUACCUCGCCCACCCCCAACUGUUCAUAAGUCAGACAAAAUGAAAUAUUAUUUACUAAUACAUGCAUAGUGAGGCUUUAUAGUGGAAGCACAGCCGUACACGUAAAUGUUUGAUUAAUCUGCUAGUGAUCUUGCCUCUUGACACAACUGCACCCAGAAAUGAAAUUGAAUAAAUCAGGCUUCUAAAGAAACUGAUUAAAUAAGUGGACAUUGUUCUUUACGUCUUUUAGAGAGAAGUUAAUUCGUUGACAAGGAGGUCACGCAAAUUGUUUCACUGAUCGUAUUAUAUAUCAUUAAAACAGCACUAUCGUACUGAAAAGCUAAAUGGAGGACGUAUUAAAGUAUUUUAUACAAAGUUAUUUUAUGGAUCAGCCAUUGUACAGAAUUACCAUAUGCUUGCAUCUGUACAGAACAUACUAUCGUAGGAAAACAAUAAAUUAUGAACUGUAUAUUAUUUC